GCAGCCUCCCGCGCGCCCUCCGCCCGGCGGGGCCCGGCCGCCGGCUCCCCCGGCGCGGCCAUGGCGCCCAGCAGCGUCCUCCUGGCGCAGUGCGUGUGCUACUUCCUGGCCUUCCUGUUCAGCUUCGUGGUGGUCGUGCCGCUGUCCGAGAACGGGCGCGACUUCGGCGGCCGCUGCCUGCUCUUCACCGAGGGCAUGUGGCUGAGCGCCAACCUGACGGUGCAGGAGCGCGAGCGCUUCACCGUGCAGGAGUGGGGCCCGCCGGCCGCCUGCCGCUUCAGCCUGCUCGCGGGGCUCCUGUCGCUGCUGCUGGCCGCGGCGCACGCCUGGCGCGCGCUCUUCUUCCUCUGCGAGGGACACGAGGGCUCCUUCCUGCACGCCUUCCUGAGCCUCCUGGUCAGCGCCUUCGUGGUCUUCCUCGUCUUCAUCGCCGGCACCAUCGUGAGCGUGGGCUUCUCCAUGUGGUGUGACGUCAUCACCGAGAAGGGCACCCUGCCCCACAGCUGUGAGGCGCUCCAGGACAUCGACCUAGAACUGAGCGUGGACAACUCCGCCUUCUACGACCAGCUGGCCAUCGCCCAGUUCGGGCUCUGGGCCUCAUGGCUGGCCUGGCUGGCCGUCACGGUGCUGGCCUUCCUGAAGGUGUACCACAACUACCGCCAGGAGGACCUGCUGGACAGCCUGGUGCACGAGAAGGAGCUGCUGCUGGCCAGGCCGGCCGCCCGCGCCGCCUUCCCGGGGGACAGGAGCGCCGUCAUCUAGGCCCCAGCGCCCGCGCCGCCCUGCAUGCGCCCCCCACCCGCGUGCAGUCAGGCGGGCCCCCACCCCACCCCCAGGACCCCUCCCGCCCUCCUGCGCCCCUCCCAGUCCCGACCCCACGCUGUCUCCACGCCACUUGUCCAGGAGGCCGCUGGACAUUGCUCUUGCCCCUGACUGCCAGACGGCUGGGGGCCUGGGUCUGUGGGGAGCCCCGGAGCUGCAGCAGGGGCCUGAGGCCAGGGGCUGAGUCGCCUUACUGCGGGUGCUGGCUGGAGGGAGCAGGCCUGGUGCCGCGUGGUGGCUGUGGGGACAGUGCCUCUUCAGUGGUCCCCUCUCUGCCACAGGACUGGCCUGUGUGUCCAUCUCACUGUGCGGCCCUGUGGGGGGAGGCAGCGCAGCAGGUGCAGCCGCGGGUGUCUGCGUGUGGGUGUGCACGUGUGUGCACGUGUGACUGCAUGAGUACAUGAGAGUGUGGGUGUGCACGCAUGUGAGCCUGUGUACGUGGCGGGGCUCCCUGUGCUGGGCCGCCCCUUGCACCCCUGUGGGCUCUGUACACGCAGAGCCUGGCCCCCAGGGGGAGGGGGCUGCCCUCAGAAUCGGUCUGGCCAAGGAACACAGGGCAGCGGCGGAGCUGGGAUGUGAACCCGUGACUGUGCUGGAGGCUUUUCCUCCACUCAGCACGGAGCACCUGGGGCCGCUUGGCUUGGGCCCCUUCCUCCACGGCGCCCCCCCUGGCAGGUCCUUCCUGCCUUCCAGGCCGGGGGGCAGGGGCUUUCCGGAGGGCUGGAGGCGGCGGGGCACCUGCCAGGGUGCUAAGUGGGCGGGGCACCUGCCAGGGUCAGGGCCAGGAUGGCCAGGCCCUGGCAUCACAGGGGCUCUGGCCCAGGGCCCGGCUCAGUUUCCAGUUGAGUGCUGGGCCCUUGGGGGGAGUGUCUCGACAGAAUCUGAGCCCCAGAGCUGACCUGGCUCCCCUGGGCCCCUCCUCCCAGCCCCUCCUCUGUGGAAGGGGGUGUGGCUCCUGCCUACCCUCGCUUUGCCCCCCACUCUGGCAGCAGCCGUCGGUCCGCGACCCUGCAAGGAGGAGCUGGGCAGGGCCCCCUCGCGGUCUGGCCGCCCUUGGCUGCCUCUCCCUGGAGCUGGGCCGGGCAGCCUAGGUCCACUUAGGGACGCACAGGCCUGCCUUUGGGUGGGCUGCCCCGGACACCAGCUGAGGGGCCCAGGGAAGGGCUGCUGGAGGGGAGGGUCCCUCCGCAGACUGGGCGGCGGGCGGCGGCCGAGGGCCGAGCUCUGACGGGCACCCUUCUUCGCUUCCCUGCACUGAACGCAGAGUAAAGACCCUCCAGCUCGU